AGGGUUGUCAUUGGCUCUUGAUAAGGGACCCAGAUCUAUUGGCUUCUAUUGCUACGAUGACUGAGCGCUCUAAGUCACCUGCGUCGAGGUUCGUUCUGAACAUCCUCCGCAGUAUUCAUAGGCUCAGGUGAGCUUGUUGCACUCGCAUCAUUCUAGGAUUGUUAAGCCUAUGAUCGAAGGGUCUCGCAGUCUGCAAACGUAUUCAGUGAAACCAAUGGGCGAAUCGACAUCCAGGGCGCGAGUCACGACAAGUGUAUGGCUAUCGUACGGCAAAUUCUCCUACGGCAAAGCUCCGACUUUCCAUCCCGAACCGAAAGAUUGACGGGCCUAUACCGGCCCUAUCGGAUUGCCAGACUUGCAAGUAUAUUAGGCAUCACCUCUCGAAAGCAUUAUUCGUUCUUUGUUCUUACUCUCUUGUCCCAGAAUGAGCUCAAUGGCGUCGGCCGACCACGCGAAGAGCGUAUAUGCUACUACCAGUGAAGCACUCCAAGCAGCCAAGCAACGAUUCGCAGAGCGGAACGCUAAAAGCUCGCAUCUACACGAGGAAUCGAACAAAGCCCUGCCAGGCGGUAAUACGAGAAGUGUACUUCACACUGCGCCUUUUCCGGUAUUCCUGAAGAGCGGCAAAGGGUAUCAAGUUACGUCCGAGGAUGGGCAAACCUAUACAGAUCUUGUUGGCGAAUUUACUGCCGCUUUAUAUGGCCACUCGCAACCCCUCAUACAAUCAGCGCUGGUCGAUACUAUCAACAACGUUGGUCUCAACUUGGGUGGAACGACUACCCUGGAGAUGAGGCACGCCGCACUGAUAUGUUCGCGAUACAAGCUUGAUCUCAUUCGAUUCACAAACUCAGGCACAGAGGCAAAUCUUCAUGCCAUCCAAGGAGCGAGGAAGUUCACCGGCAAGAGGAAGGUUGUAGUUUUCACAGGGGGCUACCAUGGCGGUUGUUACACGUUUCCGGAAGAUCACCCUGCCGAGAACUGUGUAGACCAAGAGGAAUGGAUUAUUGCAGAGUUCAACGAUGUUGAAGACACGAAGAGGAAGAUCGAGGAGUCUGGAGACGUAGCUGCAGUGCUCAUCGAAGGCAUGCAGGGUAGAGGCCCGUGUCUCGUGGGUACUCAUGACUUCCUGCAUCAAGUUCAGGAAUCAGCAAAGAAAGCCGACGCAAUCUUCAUUCUAGACGAAGUACAAACAAGCCGUUUGGCGCCGGGUGGGCUACAAGAAGUCGAGGGGUUGGAGCCAGACAUUACGACUUUGGGCAAGUUCCUCGGUGGAGGAAUUACAUUUGGCGCAUUCGGUGGGCGAGCAGACAUUAUGCGCGUAUAUGACCCACGGGAGAAGGGAUCUUUAGGACAUUCCGGCACUUUCAACAACAAUACGCUUGGAAUGACAGCAGGAUACACUGGCCUUGCGAAUGUGUACACACCCGAAGUCUGUCGCAACUUCAAUGCGAUGGGUGACAAACUUCGCCUCCGUCUUCAAGAGCUUUCGCAUGGAACCAAAAUGACCGUUACGGGUUUGGGAACGAUCAUGGGUAUACAUUUCUUGCAUGAUGGCAAGAAGGAACUAAGAAGCUUCCGAGAUCGGCAUGAGGACCUUGACCUGAGCAUGCUAUUCUGGCUCGAGAUGAUGGAAGCAGGAUUCUGGAUUACUCAACGAGGAAGCGUAGCCAUCAUCCUAGGUACACCCUGGGAGGAGUUACAAAGGUUCUCAGACUGCGUACGGGGAUUUCUGGAGAAAUACAGGGGAUUGUUGAGUAUUUGAUCUUCAUUCCCGAACUUCGUUGUUGCUGGAGAUCUUGAUGCGCUUGGCUUCCGUAACUUUCAUGCGCAAGUGGCGCCUUGUGAAGCUCUCCCAAGAUAGUCACCGCAUCACCGUUGUUCUUUCGGAACUUUUUGAGAUACGGAACUUUGUAGUCCAAGAGGUACAUAAAGCCAAGCCAUGACGAGAUCAGGCACAUCUUUCGGUAAGAUGUCGUGUUCCAUGCA